GUCUAAGUAAACAAAACGAAUUACAUCUGCGUUCUUGCAUUUCACCUCAUCUAACAGUCAAAAGUUAAUUUGGCAAUUUUCACUAACUAGUGCGUUAUUUAGCAUGUCUCGCGCGGCCUCUAGCAUUCGCCACCACUGCCAUAACGGUUCAUGAGAAGUCAUACUACUAUCUCGAAAAAGCUACUAUACUGAGUCUCCGAAUGCAUUAUAUGAGUAUUGCAGGUUGUGGCGAAUUGGGGCCAAAGGGAAGGAUAUACAACGGCAAGCCGAUCACCAAGGAGAACAUGCCAUGGAUAGUUCAACUUCAAAUGACUUAUGAUGUUUCGUCGGGUCGUGGAGCCUCAUGUGGCGGGAGCAUCAUUACAAGGAACCUUAUUCUGACUGCGGCGCACUGCUUGUUUAAUAAAGGCGCCUUUGCGCUAAAGGUCAUGGUUGUGUACAACUCCCACCUGCAUUUAAACGGUAAAGCACUUCUAGCUGAAAAGAUGAUGCUCCACCCAAAAUUCGUAAACGAGUUAGAGAUCCAGCAUGACGUCGCACUUCUUAAACUGCCAGUGGAUCUGGAAUUCAACAGACAGGUUAAACCAGUGUGCUUGAUGACAGAAAAAAUGGACCUUGCAGGCAAAACUCUUGUAGUCGCCGGCUGGGGAGCAACAGAAUCUGCGGACAGUAGCAAAAUUCUUCUGCACGCAGAAGUUGUUGCUCGCACAAAUGAUGAGUGCCAAGCAUUAUUACGAAGAAUGAGACAUCCGAUCACGCGACACCCCCUGAAUCCUGGUCCCGCAAUUUGUGCUUCCGGCGAAAACAAGGACUCCUGUCGGGGGGAUUCAGGCGGACCGUUAACGCUCAUGAACGUCGAUGGAAGAACACUGCAAGUCGGAGUUGUUUCAGUUGGUCCGCGAUGCCCAUUCACCACAGGGGGAGUGUACGCGAGUGUUGCCAGCCACAUCAAAUGGAUUCGAAGAGCCCUCAACCACCCCAGAAAGUGGAGACAGCUCCAGUAUAACCGGACGGAAUUGAACCUGGCCUAGGCAAAAUGAGGUUCUUCCAUUGUAACAUUGUUCAAAAGUCUACUUGGAAUCGUCGGCUAAUUGGUCAGUUAUGUUGAAAAUAACAGCGCUAACACGCCGAUAAUACAACCCCACUCCCCCUCCCCACUCCUUGAAAAAAUAAAAAGAAAAUAGCGGCGAUGCUGAAACACAGUUUAUUAAUAAAGUUGCUUAUUCCACACAACACAAGAGCUCGCAGCGCCAAGUGGUGU